UAUUUAUUUGGCUAAUAUUUAUUAUGCUUUUAAGGUGUGCUAGUAACUGAAAUGUUUCUUUUUCUACUCUCUCAUGUUAUCCUCACAGUGGUCCUCUAAUGUAGGUAUUAUCAGUAUCUUCCCUCUGAGAGAAGAUUUCAAGGCAUUGGAAGUGCAGGUAGUUAUCUUAGAUUUAUUGGAUUGAAAGAAGUAAAGUUUAGACUCAGUGCACCUGACUCCAUAGCUUGGAGCAAAGGGCAUAGGGUGGCUGAUGUCAUCACUGUCCCAGACAUCCCUGCCUGUCUACAUUCCCCACAGCAUGAGGACACUAAAUAUAUUAGAAAAAUAAGGUUCUUCUGUCAGAUACGUUGCCAAGGACACCUCUUAGCACUUUUUCUCUCACUGAAAACUUCAGCAGUCGAAAGUUAACAAGGCAUUCCACAGGCUUCAUGGUCAUCCCCUCAUCUUCUCAGAUAGAUCUCAGCCAUGAAGAGCGAGCUGAGCCGGAAUUCCUCAGGAGUGACUGAGUUCAUUCUGCUGGGCUUCAGAACAGCUCCAGACAUACAGAUCCUCUUAUUCCUAUUCUUCUUGCUGGUCUACGUGGUCAUCGUGGUGGGAAAUAGCAGCAUGAUAAUUGUCAUCAGGAUGGACUCGAGGCUUCACACACCUAUGUAUUUCUUCCUUAGAAACUUGUCCUAUUUAGAUCUCUGCUACUCCACAGUCAUUGCUCCCAAAGCUCUGGCUACUUUCUUGUCCAAGGACAAGAAAAUUUCCUACAAUGGCUGCGCAGCACAGUUCUUUUUCUUUGCUCUCUGUGUUGGGACUGAGGGCUUUCUUCUGGCCGUGAUGGCCUAUGAUCGUUUCUCAGCCAUUUGCUCGCCAUUCCUCUAUCCUGUCCGUAUGUCUCAACAGGUUUGUGUUCACUUAGUAAUUGGCUCCUACAUCUGUGGAGGCCUCAACUCCAUGGUCCAAACAGGAUUCACCUUCAGCUUGCGUUUCUGUGGAGAAAACCGCCUGGACCACUUCUUCUGUGACGUCCCAGCCCUGAUCAAGAUCUCAUGUGUUGACACGUCUGUGAACGAGAUGGUGCUGUUCAUCCUCUCCUCCCUCAUCAUUGUCACCACCACGACUGUCAUCCUGGUUUCCUAUGCUUACAUACUCUCCACUGUCCUGAAGAUCCCCUCCACCCACGGCAGGGGUAAGACCUUCUCCACCUGUAGCUCUCACAUCACUGUGGUGAGUUUGUUCUAUGGGACCGUGUUCUUCAUGUACGCCCAGCCCGGGGCCAUCUCCUCCCCAGAGAAAAGCAAGAUUAUAGCUGUGUUCUACACUCUUAUCAUCCCUAUGUUGAAUCCACUGAUUUAUAGUCUAAGGAAUAAGGAGGUGAAAAAUGCUGUAAAAAGGGUAUUGUUGAGAAGAUUAUCUUUCCAUUGAUGCCAGCCAUGUAUAAAACUAUGUUCAACUAAAAGCAAUAUUUUCAAUAAUUUGUUAUAGAAUAGUUUCAAGU